CUGGUUUGACGGAUGGACGCGGUUGGGUUUAUGACGCUGCUUUUGCUACUGGAUGCACUCUUCUGCAACGUGCUAGCUACUUUAUAUAACAUAAUGUACCGUGCACUGAAAGUAUAAUACACUUUGCAUACAAUUAAACACUUUAUUUAAAGGUCAGAGGCUCGUUCAACCGGACGUUUUAUCCAAACUAAACUUAGGUGCACCAUGGCGAACCAUUUCCACCUGAACACACCGCUGCUGGAGAGCGUCGCCAUGUCCAAACUCGUGGGAACCGCUGUGUAUCUGAAGAUGGAGAAUUCACAGCCCUCGGGCUCCUUCAAGAUCCGUGGCAUCGGACACCUCUGCCAGCAGAUGGUCAGACAGUCCAAAGGGGUUGUCUGCGCUUCAGGUGGUAAUGCAGGCAUGGCUGCAGCCUACGCAGCCAGAAAAAUGGGUGUACCGGCCACCAUCGUAGUUCCCUCCUCGUCUCCUCAGCUGGUCGUUCAGAGACUCCAGGAUCAGGGUGCUACUGUCAAGAUCACAGGCAAGGUUUGGGAUGAUGCCAACGCAGAGGCCCUCAGACUGGCAGAGACUGAAGGACUCACCUUCGUUCCUCCGUUCGAUCACCCCCUGCUCUGGCAGGGCCACGGCAGUAUGAUCGCUGAAGUCGCCGCCUCUCUGGGCCCCGGCGUGAAGCCUGGAGCUGUGCUGCUGUCUGUGGGCGGAGGAGGGCUCCUCUGUGGUGUCAUCCAGGGCCUGAAGGAUGUAGGCUGGACAGAUGUACCCAUCGUUGCAAUGGAGACAGUGGGGGCCCACUGUUUCAACGCUGCGGUUAAGGCGGGGAGGUUGGUCACCCUGGAUGACAUCACCAGCGAGGCGAAAUGUCUCGGAGCAAAGACGGUUUGCAAGAAAGCUUUUGAUUACAGCCAAUGCAACGAGCAAAUUACAAUUUUGAUGACUGACCAGCAGGAUCUGGGUGGUUUGAAAGAUUUUGUAGAUGAGGAGCGUGUGCUGGUGGAGAUGGCGUGCGGAGCAGCACUAGCAGCUGUCUACAGCGGACUUAUACGCAGAUUACAGGAUGAAGGUCUGCUGCCGACUCCCUUGGGCCCCCUGCUGGUGAUCGUGUGCGGUGGCAGCAGCGUCGACAUGGAGCAACUGACCAACCUCAAACACAAACUGCAGACUUAAAGUACUGUGGCGAGCGUAACUGUGGAGUACAUGAGCUGAUCUGCGUCAGAAAAGGUAUGGCAGAUCAGAGCUCUGGGAGGUUGACCUUUGACCUCACACUCCACCUUCCUCAUCAGCAUUUAUCACUGUUAAACUGUCCCCGUUGACACUCGUCCUUGUUCAACUGUGUGCUGUGCUGCCUUUGCUGUCGUUGGGCUGCAAUGUUUGUUUGAGCCUUGUCGUAUUAAUUAAAGUACUUUGAGCAUACAAAUAUUUUACAAUUUCAUUUCCCAUUUCUCAUUUGUAAUGCCACUUUUCUUAAAAAUAAUUUUAUUGCAAUAUCGGCACUGUCAACCCAUUUAGCCAUUUUCCCUGACUUGUUACUUAGUAAUUAUUACUGUACCCCGUAAUUGUUAAGUAGAUUCUUACUCUGUCUCAUCUUUUUGCCCAGUAAGUAUGUAUUAAUACCCUGUAUAAACUAAAUGAUUACACUGUAAUUUGCAGGCUGUAAUCUAAAAUAUGACUGUUUUAUUAUUGUGGAUUUAUAUGAAUUAAUUCAGUAAUGAAGACCUAAAUGGAUAAACCACACUUUACUUAAUAGGCAAUUCCAAAGUUUGCAUAUACGGUAGGUACAUGAUGUAAUUCUUGACAUGUCACAAAAGUGAGUAGACAUGAUUUAUUUUUUAUGUAACCGCAUUUAUUGAAGGUCAUGAUGGUGCUGUAACUGAAAUAACAAGCUUUUAAUAAAUGAAGCCGGUUAGAAUAA